ACCCUCUGAAGACCAAGUCCCUGGCGGCCACUUUCGUCCCUCACUGAAAAAGACCUAAACGGGAUCCUUGGGGAGCGAUGCUCCAAGCAUGCCUACGUACCUCCCAAACUAAAACCUGUCAAGGGGGCACAGGCGACUCCGCCUCCACUUGCUGACUUUCCCGGGCCCCUCGCCCAGGCCCGGAGCCCGCCUGUCAGGAACACCCGGGCAUCCCACCCAUCCACCCCGAGCGCCGCCGCCGCCGCCUGGAGGGACUUCCCGAGUGAAAGACAAUGCUGAAAGGAGUAAGGAAGCUGAUCCCCAGGGUCCACAAGCUGGACCCUGGAUGCUUGCUGCGCAUGAGCACCCAGGCACCCCGCAGCAUUACUACUCACUCAGAUGACCAGCUGCCAGUCCAAAGGCCUAGGGCUAUUUGUCGCACCCCUGAAAGUGACCCGGCCAAGCAUGGGGACAUGCAUGAGGGUCAACACUACAGCAUCCCCCUUCAGGAUCUGAAGACGAUUUUCCCCCAUGGGCUGCCUCCUCGCUUUGCAAUGCAGGUGAAGACAUUUGGUGAAGCUUGCCUAAUGGUAAGGAAACCAGCCCUAGAACUCCUACAGUACCUGAAAAACACCAAUUUUACACAUCCAGCUGUGCGCUAUCUUCUUUAUGGAGAGAAGGGAACAGGAAAAACUCUGAGUCUUUGCCAUGUUAUUCAUUUCUGUGCAAAACACAACUGGCUGACCCUGCACGUUCCAGACGCUCAUCUUUGGGUGAAGAACUGCCGGGAGCUUCUGCGUUCCACCUACAACAAGCAGCGCCUUGACCAGCCUCUGGAGGCUUCUACGUGGCUGAGACGCUUCAAAACAACAAAUGAGCACUUCCUCAGCCAGAUAAAAGUUGAAGAGAAGUACAUCUGGAAUAAGCGAGAAAGCACUGAGAAGGGCAGUCCCCUGGGAGAAGUGGUGGAGCAGGGCUUAAUGCGGGUGAGGAACGCCACCGACGCCGUUGGGAUUGUGCUGAAGGAGCUCAAGCGGCAGAGCUGUCUGGGGAGGCUGCAGCUUCUCGUGGCAGUGGACGGAGUCAACGCGCUCUGGGGAAGGACCACACUGCAAAGAGAAGAUAAAAGCCCGGUUGCCCCAGAGGAGCUAGCCCUAGUUCACAACCUGAGGAAGAUGGUGGACAACGACUGGCAUGGAGGUGCAAUCGUGCUGACGUUGAGCCAGACUGGGUCUCUUUUUAAGCCCCAAACAGCGUAUCUACCUCAUGAGCUUCUGGGAAAGGAAGGAUUUGAUGCCCUGGAUCCCUUUGUUCCCAUUCUAGUUUCCAAUUAUAACCCAAAGGAAUUUGAAAGUUCUUUUCAGUAUUAUUUAGAGAACAACUGGCUUCAACAUGAGAAAGCUCCUACCGAAGAAGGGAAGAAGGAGUUACUAUUCCUUAGUAAUUCCAACCCUGGGCAACUGGAGAGACUCUGUGCCUACCUCUAAGGCAUGGACACAGUAUCUGUGCAAGACAGUGGACAGUCCCUCUACACUAGGCCCUGUCACAUUAGCAAGCCCCGCAGUGUACCGGGGGGAACUUGCUGUGAGCCUUUGCUGAAACAGGCUCCUUGUGCAGUGACCAAAGACAUGGCAAUGAGCUGUCCACUUGUUCCUAAAAGUAACACCUGUUUUUGAUCUGUAGUUUUCACAUUUAGCAUAAUCAUGUACAUUUUCAUUAAAAACAAAAGUACAUAUA